UCAUGAAAAACCUGUUGCAUUUAACAUUGCUCAACGAGUUCAACUAAAAUAAAGGAAAAGAAUCACAUUGAAGUUUGACGAUUAUCUAACAAUAUGGAUAAUGUAAAUUCCACCGAAAAUAACGAGACCGUAGUUGUAGAUAAAUUACUUGAAUUACCGAGGAAUUUGAGCAAGCGUCAGUUAAAGCAAGUGAAAAAAAGGGAAAAAUGGCAGGAGUGGAAGGUUGAAAAAAGAUUGCGAGAGAAAGCUAAAGCGAGGGAGAAACGUGCCCACGCACGUGCGAAUAAUUUGCAUUUAGGUCCGUCUAGAAAGCUUUUAAAAAGAAGUACCAUGGCAGCUAGUUCUUGUAAGCUCACAGUAACCAUCGAUUUGUCGUACGAUGAUUUAAUGAUCGAUAAAGACAUCGCAAAGUUAACGAAACAGAUAUUAAGGUGCUAUGCCUUAAAUAGAAGGGCAAUAGCUCCUUUGCAAUUUUCUCUCUCCAGUUUUACCGGAAAAUCAAGGGAUGAUAUGGAGAAACACAAUGGAUAUGAACAUUGGGAUGUUAACUUUCACACAAAGUCAUAUAUAAAUGUUUAUCCCAAGGAUAAGAUUAUAUAUCUCACAAGUGAGUCAGAGAAUGUGAUAGAACAUUUAGAUCAUAGCUGUAUAUAUGUCAUAGGUGGUUUAGUUGAUCAUAAUUCUCAUAAGGGUAUAUGUCACAAACUAGCAAAUGAAGCAGGUGUUAGGCAUGGGCGGUUACCAUUAGACAAGUUCCUACAGAUGAAAGCGAGAAAAGUAUUGACUAUAGAUCAUGGUAUAAUUUUUGAGAUAUUACUGAGAAUAACAGAGGGCAAUACUUGGCAAGAGACGUUCUUGAAGGUACUGCCGGAGAGAAAGAACGCUCGACCGAUCGUUCCCGAACAAUCCGAAGAUCAGGAAGAAACGUCGGACUUGAAAUCUCUCGAUACACGCGACAUGGUGCUAGUAGACACAAAAGUUCCUGGCGAAGAGACCAAACAGCUCGACUGCGAUAAGGAAAUAAACGUCGUAAACUAGAAUCCGCAGUCAACAUAGUGAAUAAAACUUCUGUAUAUAACAAUGGCAUAUUUUUAUAUCGUUUGUUAUAUUUUCAAAUAUAGAGAUACGUACACAAGAAUAAGACGGCAAACAUCAAUUGGAAACGGGCUACAAAAAUUCACGUAGACUCAACACUUCAUCUCUACGAUUUUUUCUCGCGCAUUUUUACACAUCUCACGAGUAUCGUUACGGUGUGUAUUUAUUCAUCGUUUCCGCUCAGCGUACAAUGAUCUUCCAUUUCCUUAAACGCUAAUACCUUAAAUUACUUGUAACCUACUUACAUUAUACUUAUCUUCCUACAAUCGAUCCUAAUUAUUCUCUUUUUCUCUCUUUUCCGCUCGUACAUCAACACAUAGUGAAUAAACGUUUAUGCAUGUGAA